GAACAAACACAAGUCAAAGUAAAUACUUCUUCCUCUUGUUCUCUUCCAUGGCUGGUGAUACAGAAAUGCAAUGCUCUAGCGAUCCGAGCAGCAAGCGCGGUGGCUGGAUCACUUUUCCGUUCAUGAUCGCUACGUUGUUAGGUCUGUCCAUAACUUCUUUUGGAUGGGUAAUGAACUUGAUCGUCUUCUUGAUUGAGGAAUUCAACAUCAAGAACAUCGCUGCUGCUCAGAUUUCAAACAUUGUCAAUGGAUGUCUCAGCAUGUUGCCUGUUGUUGCAGCCAUUUUAGCUGAUUCUUUCUUCGGAAACAUUCCAGUCAUCUCAGCCUCUGCUUUCAUUUCUCUGUCUGGCAUCAUUCUCUUGACUCUGAUCGCAUCUUUGGACUACUUGAGGCCUAGACCGUGUGAAACAGGUUCAAUUCUAUGCCAGUCUCCAUCUAGACUCCAGCUAGGUGUCUUGUAUGCAGCCUUAGCUCUAGUAACCACUGGAGCAGGUGGCACACGGUUCACUUUGGCAUCCGCUGGUGCAAACCAAUACGAGAAACCUAAAGAUCAAGGAAGCUUCUUCAACUGGUACUUCCUCACACUAUAUGCUGGAGCGAUUAUCGGUGCGACAGGAAUUGUUUACACACAGGACAAUGUUAGCUGGGAGCUUGGGUUUGGUCUCUGUGCGGCUGCUAAUUUGGUAUGUUUCAUUGUUUUUGUCUGCGGGAAGAGACUCUACAAGCAUGAUAAACCCAUGGGAAGUCCCUUCACAAGCAUGAUCCGUGUCUUAGUCGCUGCAACAGCUAAAAGAAAGGCUGUGGUUUCAUCCAAAGAGGAAAAUUAUCACCGUGGGAUCGAAAAAGAGAUCAAGACUUCUGCUCUAACGCUCUCCAAGAGCUUUAGGUUCUUGAAUCGUGCAGCGUUAAAGAACGAAGAUGACACAAAUGAGAAAGACGGCUCGGUUAAUAACAAAUGGAGGCUAUGCUCUGUUCAAGAAGUUGAAGAUUUCAAAGCCAUUCUUCGAGUUCUUCCUCUGUGGAUAGCCAUAAUCUAUGUUAGUACUCCCAUGGUGAUGCAAACAAGCUUGAUGGUGCUCCAAGCUCUACUUACUGACCGUGGACUCGGUCCUCACUUCAAAGUCCCGGCCGGGUCGCUCCAAGUCAUAAUACUCAUAUCUGCUUCCACAUUUAUCAUUAUAAACAAGUGGCUUGUCUAUCCCAUGUACCAGAAGCUAACCCAUAAGCGGCUAACACCGCUUCAAAAAGUUGGUAUAGGCCAUGUUCUCACCAUCCUAAGCAUGGCAGUCUCUGCAGUUGUUGAAGCAAAGAGGCUGAAAGCAGCUCAAACGGAGCAUCCCAUGUCAGUGCUAUGGCUGUUUCCUCCUCUUUUCAUAGUGGGAAUAGGCGAGGCCUUCCAGUUUCCGGGCAAUAUUGAGUUAUUCUAUCAAGAAUUCCCUGAGUCUCUGAGGAACACCGCGACGUCAUUAACCUCGGUGGUGAUUGGAAUCUCUUUCUAUCUGAGCACAGCUUUGAUCCAUCUGAUCCAGAGGACUACAAAGUGGUUACCAGAUGAUAUUAACCGUGGAAGAGUUGACAACGUUUACUGGCUUUUAGUCGUUGGAGGAGUCUUGAAUUUCGGUUAUUUUCUUGUCUGCUCUUGGUUUUACAGAUACAGAAACCUCCAAGAUGAUGAAGAACAGGAUCCUAAAGACGUUUCAAUCUGAGACACACUAUGAUUUGCUUCAGUUUUCUCUAAGUUUGUGUUUGCAAUUUCAACCAUGUUCAACUGUGUUUUUUCUCUAGUCUUAGAAUGAACAUUUUGAACGGUCGAUGUUAAAAACCAAACACAUCAUUGAACAUUUUGCAAUCAGAUGGUCCCAUAUAUCCCCUUAAUA